GAUCCAUUCUAUCAAACAACGAUUGGACAACGUGAAGAAUUAUCAUUUUUCGAUGUGAAGAUUAUUAAUGAAGCAUACUGCAAAGAUAAGUGCAAGGGUAAGAACAAAUGCAAAAAUGGUGGCUACAUGAAUCCGAGCAAUUGCUUGAAAUGCCUUUGUCCGACUGGUUUCGGUGGUGAAACUUGUGAGAAGAAUGAAAAAUCGCUCGAAGCCGAUUGUGGUGGAGUGUUGAAAGCGAAGGGCGAUUGGCAAACGAUAGAAUCACCAGGGUACCCCGAUCCGGGCUAUGAGAUUGGACAAAAGUGCAGUUGGCUAAUCCAAACUGAUAAAGAUAAACGAAUUGAAAUGGAAUUCGUCGAAGAUUUCGAUAUAUUUUGUGCAAUAACUUGCGUUGAUUACGUCGAAUGGAAGAUAGGAAAGGAUCUCAGAAAUACUGGUUUCAGAUUCUGUUGCCCUGAGCAUCCCAAACAAACGGUCGUGUCAGCACUCAAUCAAGCAAUCGUAAUCUUUCGAGCGACACUCGGCGAGGGUGCUGGCUUCAAGUUACGUUUCCGAGAAAGUCGGUUCAACAUUCCUCUUUAUCUUCACUACCUGGCAUCCAUAGUAUCGAUCUGA